AAACCAAAGAAAGAGAAAGAGAAAGGGAGAAGAUUUAGACUUUAGAGAGAAAAAGGAGAAACGUUCAUGGCUUCAGAGUAAGUCGGUUUUUUCAGUUAAAUUUUUAUAUGUAGAAGAGAAAAAAAAGAAACAGUUUUAACUGACAAUGGUAACGGACCAAGAGAUAGCUAAAGGCGUGGAGACACUGCUCCGGCAGUCCGACCCCAACGCCGUUACUUCGUUAAACGGUGUCGUACAGCAGCUGGAGGCUAAGCUAGGUUUGGACUUGUCACACAAAGCCGGGUUCAUCCAAGACCAGAUCAGCCUACUCCUCCGGGCUCACCCGACAGCGCACGUAGUAACCACCACUCAACAACUUCAACCACCACAUCAACCGCAACAAACUUUGGCAAAAGACAAUUUUGCCCUUCCACAUCAGUCCCAAUUCUCUCUACCGCCGCAGCAAUUUUCUCCCCAUUUUGCCCUUCACACUCACCACCACCACCCCCACCCCCAGCUCCCUCAGGAGCUCAACUUUCGUCAGUCUCACCGGUCGCCAUCCCCGGCUCCUGCGACGCAGACGCCACAGCUCCAACCGCAUUCCAAUGUCGUGAAACCUGAGGGGUUUUCCCAAAAUCCGGCUGAAGUUCCAAAAGAAAGUGCCCCUGUUGGAGCUAAAAGAAGAGGUGGGCCAGGGGGUUUAAACAAAGUUUGUGGUGUUUCACCUGAGCUUCAGGCCAUUGUUGGUGAGCCAGCUUUGCCAAGGACUGAGAUUGUGAAGCAGUUGUGGGCAUACAUAAGGAAGAACAACCUUCAAGACCCAAGCAACAAGAGAAAGAUCAUUUGUGAUGAUGCAUUGCGUGUGGUGUUUGAGACUGACUGCACUGACAUGUUCAAGAUGAAUAAGUUACUUGCUAAACAUAUAAUUGCACUUGAACCCACAAAGGAGGUCAGUCAAGCAAAACGAUUCAAGGUAGACACUCAGUCCACCAACGAAAGUACUGAAUCUGGUCCAUCUCCCAUAAUAAUAUCUGAAGCACUGGCCAAGUUUUUUGGUACUGGAGGAAGGGAGAUGCUCCAAGCAGAAGCAAGCAGACGUGUUUGGGAAUAUAUAAAGGUUAACCAACUUGAGGAUCCUCUAAAUUCAAUGGUGAUACUAUGUGAUGCAAAUCUGCGUGAGCUUCUUGGAUGUGAGAGCAUCUCGGCAUUGGGGAUAAAUGAGAUGUUAGCACGCAAACACUUUUUCAGGCAGUCAUGAUUGAUGUUUUUGACUGGUGCAUGGGACCUUGUCAUCCGGUCACUUCUGAUGGUAGAGCAGAUAGUGAAGACCUUUCUUUUUCUCUUUUUGUGCAUUGACAUGGUUAGUUAAAUGAUGUUUUACACUACUUGUUUAUUUGUGUUAGAACUAGAAUUACCAUGGGCAAUGGCAAGGAUAUGUUUUAGUUAAGUUGUUGCUCUGGGUAUAGGUUUCCAUGCUAACCUAAAAAAAAGGUAGACUGAAUGAAACCAGAUUGUAAUGAAAAAAAAAAGAAAUCCUUGCUGUCUUUUCAUAA